AGCGAACCUGCAGAACUCGCAUAUCGUUAACUCAGUCGCGGUGUGUCAUUAUGCGAAUGGAAAAAGCCUAGGAACACCGCCAGCGAAGCUAUUUGGAAAUCGAGAGUCACGUCAAACCUCUGUCUCCCAGCCCGAAGUAAGAGGAAGAGCCUAGGCAUUGUCUGCUAACCCCUCCAUCAUCGAGCUCUUCCAGACACAAACCCUGUCAAGACAUCAAGCUAUCACCUGAGCAGUCAUCAUGGUAGUGUUCCGUGUUGGGGCUAUCUUCGGAGCAACGGCAGUCGCGUUAGGUGCUUUUGGAGCACAUGGACUGAAGAAGAGAAUAUCUGAUCCCCAAAAGCUUGCAAAUUGGUCGACAGCAGCUCAAUAUCAGCUCAUCCACAGCGGUGUUCUUCUUCUGGCACACUCGAUUGCACCCAAAAACCGAUGGGCCAGUGGACUUUUCAUCGCAGGCAUGACCAUGUUCAGUGGCAGUCUUUACCUUUUGGUACUUGAUCCACAACGCUUCAAAUAUCUUGGUCCUGUCACUCCGAUCGGCGGUCUAUGUCUAAUCGCAGGAUGGCUGGCUCUCGCAUUUGGUAGCCGUGGGAGAAUUGCACUGUGAGGUCUGGGAAAAUUGAUACUCGAUAGUAUUCUGUCGUCAACAUCAUGUACACUACGCUCUCCUCUCAUUCAUCUUCUAGUACGAGACUGUCAAAUAGUAGAAAAUCAGGUGACAGGCAAUAUCUAGCAAACCACAAGUCAGGAUGUCGCGCGACCUCGGAUUUGAGGUUCUACAUUGAUAUGGAGCAAACGUAAGGCAAAUAUGACAUUCAAGAACCGAGCAAGCCCAGCCAUG